GCGUCUUGCUCGAUCGUAAGGAGCUCCACGUCUCCUCUCCUCUCCUCUCCUCUCCUCUCCUGUGGAGUCUGGACCUCUGCUACUGCUCCUGCUGCUGCUGUGCGGGUUGCUGUUGGUGCUCACUGUUCAGCAUGCCCGCUACUAGGGCCGCUAGCAUUACUUAGCUUGUUCGAUGAUGACGACAACAUAAAGUAGCUUGAUUGACACCUUUCGUGAUAUCACGCCCCGUUCUCUUCCCCUCCUCGAGUCCUCCGUCAUGCGCCGCUAGCAAGCGAGCGAAUCCCAUAGAUGAGUUUGUUCGAGUACUUACGCUAGCGAGUGGACGAAGAGGCGGAAAGAGAGGGAGAGAGGGGGAGAGGGAGAGAGGGAGAGAGGUAGAAAGACGAAAGAGGAGAGAGGAGAGGAGAGGAGAGGAGAGGAGAGGUGGAGCUCCUGAGGAUUCACGUGUAGGAAUACACGAGGAUCAUGUGGGUGAACCAGCUGAGAGAGGAGUGAAGGAGUGUCCCCCUCGAGGGAGACGAGUGCCACUGCACGACGAAGGAGUUCAUUCCACUGAUUCCAGCCUACCUAUAGUCAGCUGCAGGGGAACUCGUCCAGGUGCAGGACCUGGUCUAGGUGCAGGUGCACGUCCUGGUCUAGGCCUAGGUCUAGCUGCAGGUUCUCUGGGGGAGAAGGAGGUGGUCCGAGGUCAGCAUGGUGGAGAUGGCCAUCUGGUUCACGUCUAGGUGCAGGUCAUGGUGGAGUACUCGCGUGAUGACUCUCAAGCUGCUGCUUUUCGCUGCUGCUAUUCUCUGCCACGUGGAGGUUGCUUGGUCUGCCGAUGAAAUGCCCCCGCGUCCUUUGAAUCCAAGCUAUGAAGGGUGCCCUCGUCGAAUCAACAGAGCCGGACAUCACUGCUUCCCUCUGAGCGAGGACGUCUACGACUCUCCCAUGUGCACCUUCACCGGCGGUAUGAUCAAGACAGGCCGUGCUUUGGGCGUGCGCUAUGUGAACACUGCAGCCGAGUGCUGCAGCGAGUGUGCCGUCACGCCUGAUUGCGUGUACUGGACCUUUCUUGGGAGAGCGUCGAAGAAAUGCCGCCUCUUUCCCGACGGGCAGUGUCUGGGGUUCAUGCGAGACUACGUGGCUGUGUCGGGCGGCCGAUGUAAUCCUGUGUGUGAACACGACCCGCAUUUUGUCGGUGCCAGGGGAACGAGAUUCGACUUUGGGGGCAUUCCCAACGAGAGCUUCUGCCUGGUCGCAGAUCGAGACCUGCAUAUCAACAUGCACCUGAGCGGGUACCACGUCAAAGGGGCGAAUGGGGUGAAGAAGACGAAGACCUGGAUUCGUGGAAUCGGGAUAUUGUACGGCAGCCACGUGGUCGAGAUCUGGGCUCGAGCAGAUCCCGGCGCGGAUAUCCGGGAUGGAUAUAUGGAUAAGAUAAUAGUGGACGGGGAGAGCGUGGACCUUUUCUCGUUGUUGUCAUCAAGCAGCGGCACCGGCAGUGCUCAAGGAGGAAGACUCCGAGAAAGUGGUGGGAAGAAGCCAACUGACGUCCUUAGGCUAGGAGAAGGAGAAGAGGGAGGAGAAGGAGAAGAGGGAGGAGAACGCUCCUAUCCUGAUGGUAUCAUCAUUAGAAAGAAGAAGCCAGCAGUUGUUGGGGGAUUCUUAGCCGAUCGCUAUGAGGUGCAGGUUGGUAGAGUUCUGUUGCUGAGCUUAACUGUUCGUCCUGCAGCACCCAAGUGGCGCAUUCCUGAAGAUUCAGAGAUACAUCUCAGCCUGGACUUCAAACACGUGGCAGUCACAGACGACGUUCACGGUGUACUUGGACAGACAUAUCGACCUGAUCACGCUGAGAGGGAGGCUCAAGCUCGACGCGGCAAGUACAACAUGACACGUGGAUAUCUGGGCUUCAACCAAGUGGAUGACCCCAUAGCCCAAGGCUUCCUAGACGGAGCUGUAGAGGACUACCUCACCUCUAGCCUUCAUGCUGCUGACUGCAAGUUCGCGCGAUUUCGGCCCUCUGCGAAGCCGCGCGCAGGCACCGACGACGGGACCGACUCCGAGCCCAUCAUCGACGCCAGCGCGGGGAGCAGCUUCCACAUCGUCGGACAAAGGCGGCCGCCUGUCGUCUUGCGUGCUACCGACAUCCAUAGAGCUCCUUUGUGAGAUGACUCCUUCUCUAUAGACGAAGAACGUUCCCAAGCUUGGUGGAUGAGUGCGAUCUGCCUUGAAGUUCUUCUUCUUAUAUUCCGCUGGCCGGCUUCCUGUCCAGUGUCCAUGAGUCAGUCCAUGUUCCGGGGAAGACAGCGUGCACGCACGACAACUUGCGUUCGAGUCGAGUCUCUUUGUGCUGCAUGCUGCAGCGUUGACCGUGAGUGUGCCCGUGUGUGCGCGUGCAUACACACGCCCCCGUGUGCUUGUUUAUGUGUGGGUGUCUUUUGGCGCUUUGUUGCCUCGACGCGAAGAAAACUGGCAAAUAUACCGGUGAGUUGUGGGGACCCUUCCGGUCGAACUGUUCACGGUGUAAGCCGGUUUGC